CGCACUCCCGUCGCGCCCCCGUCGCGCCCCCGCCCCGCGCCGAAGGUGUUGGCGCCGGACCUGAUGCGCCCCCUCCUCCUUCCUCCCUCGAGACCGUGAUCGGAGGCCGCGGCGCGAGGGGGGCUCGGCUCGGCUCGGCUCGGCUCAUGAAAUGGCGAUCGUCACCGGGGAUCGCUACCUCGAGAGGCUCGUGAGGUUCGUGGAAGCGCAGGCUGGCCCGCUGAUCGACGGAACCCUAGUGCUCAAGCUCAACCCCGUGGGGCUCCACUACGUCCAGUCGAGGCUGGAGUCCCUGCACGAGCUCGAGCGCCUCCUCGCGGGGGCUCCGGUCGACUACCUCCGGGCUUAUGUCUCCGACCUCGGGGAUCACCGCGCCCUCGAGCAGCUGCGGAGGAUUCUGCGCCUCCUCACUUCGUUGAAGGUCGUCUCGGUGCUCCCGCCGCAGUCCCGGGAUCCGACGCCGCUCUCGCUGCUCCCGUUCGGGCGGCUGAGGUUCCUCGAGCUGAGAGAUUGUGAUUUGUCCACAUCGGCCGCGAGAGGGUUGCUCGAGUUGCGGCAUACUCUGGAGAAGCUUAUUUGCCACAAUUCUACCGAUGCUCUACGGCAUGUUUUUGCAAGUAGAAUUGCUGAGAUAAAGGACUCUCCACAGUGGAACCGCUUAUCGUUUGUUUCAUGUGCUUGCAAUGGCUUGGUAUUGAUGGAUGAGUCCUUGCAACUUCUUCCUGCAGUUGAAACCCUUGAUCUUAGUAGAAACAAGUUCUCAAAGCUGGGUAAUCUCCGGAAAUGCAUGAAACUGAAGCACCUGGAUCUUGGAUUCAAUAAUUUGAGAACAAUUUCAUCAUUUACUGAGGUCACAUCCCAUAUUGUAAAACUUGUUUUGAGGAACAAUGCUAUAACUUCAUUAUAUGGGAUCGAGAAUUUGAAGUCGCUCGAAGGGCUUGAUGUUUCCUACAAUGUUAUUUCCAAUUUUUUAGAGCUAGAGGUACUUGCUGCCCUGCCUUCAUUGCUAAGUUUGUGGUUGGAAGGAAACCCAAUAUGUUCUGCCCGAUGGUAUCGACCACAAGUGUUCAGCCUUUUCACCUAUCCAGACAAAUUGAAGUUAGAUGACAAGGGAAUUAGCAAAAGAGAGUAUUGGAAGCGGCAGAUUCUUGUCGCCGCUCGACAGAAGAGGCCUGCAAGCUUUGGAUUUUACUCGCCUGCAAAGGAUGAUGCGGAGGGAGAGGGUAGCAUCAACAGGAAAAAGAAGAAGCAACCUCGUAUUGCAUCUAUUGAUAGUGAGGAAGAAAGCACCUGCAUAUGCUCUGACCAUGAUUCCAUCUCAUGUGAUAAUGAGGUAUCCAGCAGAGAGGAAAAUGUCAGAGGUGAUGAUGAGGCUGAGAUUGUUGAUUUGAUGAAUCGAGCGGAGGUUAUGAAGAAAGAGCGUUCUGUUUUUUGGUUACGUGAGUUCAAGGAGUGGAUAGACCAGUCUUCAGAGACUUUGUUGGAGAAUGGGAAGUUCGAUUCUAGAAACAAAAGGUGGCAUUUUGGCGAAAACUCGAAAUACACUUCAGAUUCUUUUCAAGAUUCAGGAGAUGGUAGCAGCACAAAUAUUUUGGACUCGGAUAGAUCAUUGGCUCUUUCACAUGGGCAUCGAUUCCUUGAUCAGGUCAAUGGAGUGGUAAACGCUGGCGGUGUUUCUCUUCUUGACAUGGGCAGGACAAAUCUUACCCACGAGCAUAACUACCAUGGGUCUAAGCAUACCAAAGGGUCACAUCACAAUAAACUCGCUGCUAACGGACAGCAAAUGGCUGCAAAUUCGAUCAUAUCUGUGCCUUCUGGUGAUGACGCGAUAGAGAAACGUUCUUGGUCCUCUUACCAUGGAUCUCCACCUCAUUAUCGAGAGAACAUUCUGCAGCGCCAUGACAGCUUGGUAGAAGAAAUUCUGCAACUUACUGCUGACUCCUAUUCUGCAGCAUCUUCGGAUAAUACUAGUUGCAGUGAAGAUGACCUUACUGAAUUUGGGACAUCAGUGUCAGAUGUGGAUAAGAGAUUAAAUGGAGGGACCCGAAAUUGGAAAGUGGAUGGACAUUUCUUGAUCAAUAGCUUUGAGGAUUCAAAAAAUCCAUCUCCAGGGACAGGUGAAAUUCGCGAAUUUUUUAUUGAUGUACCUGCUAAACAACCAUCUAGGAUUCUGGAUCUUGAUGUGCAAUAUUAUUCUGGUUCUCAUUAUCAUGAAGGUGAACUUCUUGAGUCAGUCAAGGAAGGGGUUAAAUUGUCUGAGAAGCGCAAAAGCAAAAGGAAGCCUAAGAAAAGAAUUGUGCCUUUGUCAGAGGAGAGCAGGGGAGCUGACAAGUCAGGAGCAUCGUCAGCCUCAGGUGGUCCUACGGACACUAGUAGUCUGGAAGACGGACAAACAAAACAAAUCUUUAAAGGGGGUGAUUUGGAGGAAGUUUAUGAGAAGCAGGCAUGGGACGCCGUUAGCACCCAAAAGAAUGACACAACCACUGCUCGGGAAAAAAGCUCAACAGGAGGGACUGAUGAAUUUAUCGAGACAUACUUUAACAUGAAUGUUGCAACAUCAAGAACUUAUGAAACUUGUGAGCAGUACCUUCGUUGUGAUUGCGUGCUGGAGCAAGAAUCCAUUUACAGAGAGAGAGAAGUGGCUCUGUUGCGAAGCAGUGAACAUCGCCUCUAUGUGCUUCUGAUUGCUUUUAGAUUCGAUGGGUCAGGAACUAUUUUGAGUAUGCUGGGCUGCCACAUGGCUGAAGAAAUUAGAGAAGUUUCAAUUGGAAUGGGCUUCCACAUUGUGAGGGUGUGCAUUGAUACUGGAGCGAGGUAUCUGUUCAUCACAAGGAGCAUUGAUAAAUCAAGACUACUACUUGAAACAUUGGAAAUUAUCAAUGUGCUUGAUACAAAGUGUUCUUUGAAGAGUUUGGAGCCAGUGCAAUUCGAGUUAUUUAGCAAGCAAAUAGGUGGAGGCGCAAAAGUGAACAUAUUCCAAUACUCGAUGAUUCUUUUCUGUCACGACAAAGUCAAAGAUCAAUCAUGGGCUUCAAGAUCAUUAUUUGUUACCGGAGGUCAGUUGCUUAUAUGCAUCGAGGAUAUCAAGCAGUUCGGCACUCUUUCCAGAGAUUCGUCCUCGCCCCCCUAUUUCUCAUUAGUGUCAACUUGCAGUAUUGCUGAUGUGUCCGAGAUGGUCAUCGAAAGUGGGGUCAGCUACUGUGUGACCUUAGCUCUUGAGCGUGCCGCACAGGAGUUCCGGCCGUCAACGAAAGCUCACAAUAAGAUUGCAGCAACUCCUCAUGGGAACUUAUCUUCAGGCAUUCUGUCAUGGAAGCUCAAGUGGUCCUCUGAAACGGGUCUGUUUCAGUUUGUGGCGCUGUUGAAGGCACUCCAUGCCGGGACAGGCUCUCCUCUAUUCAUAAGAACUGAAUCGUGAUUCUUCCUUUUGUUUUGCCUUAAUAUUCAUUUCAUUCUUUUGGUUAGGUUCGUUCUUCCUAGUUAUGUUGAUGUGCUUUUGCUUGAUUUUAUGUGGUGAGCCAUAGUUUGUUUCCUAUUAUAUCAUUCUUUGGUUGUAUUCUUUUACGAGCAAGCUGUCUCAUGUACAAAGUUUGUACAGUUACGGGAAAUGAUAGUGAAAAUGUCAGUCGUUCUCUGCA